AUGUACACCGGGGGCAGCUUAUCGAGGAUUAAACUCUUCUUGUGUUUCGCACAGAUAACGUCACUGCUUGCAUGCACCUUUUUCCGAGUGGAACAUGGGUUCAAUGCAGCCGUUAAAUACCAAAUCACGCUUAGGUCUCGUGAUACAUGCUUGCAAACCUGCUACGACGAGAAGGAUUGCACCUUCCUUGAAUACGAUGGGGUUCUAUGUACAAUAUUCAAAGAAGGAAGUGGCAACCAGCAAUCCAAGGGCGGCGAAGUGUUCAAACUUGAUCGACAACGAACAAUUUCGUCAUGCCCAAGCGUUGUAGUGGUUCCGCCAGAUAUCCCAUUCCAGACUAUUCAAGCUGGAAUCAGUGCUGAAAUAGGAUCAUGUGUGGAUGUUCCGAAUGAUGCAACUUCUAUAUUCAUCUACAAAUACAAUGAUGCAACUGUCUUCUAUUCAAACAGACAGGGAUUUCUUCCAAAUGUAACUUUUCCCUCUGGCAGGUUUUGGCUUUCGAAAAAUCCCGAACCACAAUGCACGGCAAUUCCUGUAUUUGCUAGAGCCAGCGUUCGAGUGUACGCAUUGGCCUCAUCAUCGCUUCCACGUUUAAGAGGAAUCAUCGACGACAUCAGCUCACGUGGCAGCUCGAAUACGUUCUGGCGAGGAACAUUGCUCAGCCAGAUAUCCGAAAAUCUAGAGCUAUUUGGGACGUCGCGUUCGACUCCAGUCCUCCUCAGCUUCAAGAUACGGUUCCACAAGAGAGACCGAGGAGUUCCUCUUCAACCGAAAAUCGACAUGGCAGGUCUGAAAGACGAUGAAUGCAGAGCAAAAUCCCGCCAACGUGUGUCUAUUCAUGUUGGAGUUUGGACCAGAAAGAAGCUUAGCGAUGCGGAUUCCUUCACAAAGUGCAUUCAGGACGCUGCAAGGGAAACGCUCCCGGUUCUAUUGCCGCAGCAGAAGUUUGCCUUUGCAUCUGCGGAAACAAAAUCCACAUACAAUUCUGUAUGUGUCGCGCGCAGCGCUGGUGACUUCAACCAGGAAAAGCGUCUUAGAAGGAAGCUGCGUCGUCAACUGCAACAAAACCGCGAUAACGAGUGGACGUCAAGAGCGAUGGGGUUUGAGAAGGCGUGGGAGGACAGGAACCCGCCGAAAGCCUAUGCUCUACUAAAACAGUAUAGCGGCAAAAUGAAAAGAUGUUCUCCUGUCCUCAACACUGCCAGUGGAGUAGCUGUCGCACCGUCAGCUCCUGAACUCGAACACGUUCAUAGACCGACAUAUGCUGUUAACGAGGAGCCACCGACCGAGUCGGAGAUUCUGGUCUGUAUUCAAAAAAUGAAGAAUGGAAAAUCUGGUGGAGACGACGGGAUUAGCGCAGAAAUGCUAAGAUAUCUUCCUCCGUCUGGGAUUCGUGAGAUGAAAAAGAUGAUCCGUUUAAUAUGGAUAGACGAAAGGAUACCUGAUUCGUGGAGACACGCUAUCAUAAUUCCCCUCCACAAGAAGUUAUCCGUCACGGACCCCAAGAAUUAUCGAGGAAUCUCUUUGCUGCGUGUUAUGUACAAGGUAUUGGAGCGCAUUAUCCUGGACCGACUCAUUAAACAUCGCGAAGAAACAACGCGCGACGAGCAAGCUGGCUUUCGUCCUGGCCGAUCUACGAUUGACCAGGUGUUCAUCGUCAGGAGAGUGAUCGAAAUCUAG